UCUCUCUCUCUCUCUCAUAUCUACUCGGAAAGAGAAAAGGAAAAGGCGACCACUCACUCGGUCCUCAUCGGCGGCGGCGGCGGCGGCGGAGGAGGGCUCAGGACGCCGGCGAUAAGAGACGGCGCUUAGGGCUUGGAUCAUGGUGGCGCGCAGGCGAUCGGCGGCUGCUUAGCUUGGAAGGUGGCUCAAAGGUGCUAGAGAGAGAGAGAUCUGGUCUUCGCCGGAUCUAGGGUUCCGGCGAGCGGGGGAGGAGACGGAGGCGGUAAGGACCGGCGGACACGGAAAAUGUACAUGGUGCCGCCGCCCAACGGGCCGGAUCAGGCGGCGGAUGGCGACGCUCCUAGGGUUUACGAGGUCUGGAAGGGUAACAACGUAUUUUUUCUUCAAGGGAGAUUUAUAUUUGGACCUGAUGUGAGAUCAUUGUUUCUCACCAUGUUUCUAAUUGUUGCACCGGUAGCAAUCUUCUGUGUCUUCGUGGCCAGACAUUUAAUGGAUGAGUUUUCUCAUCACCUGGGAAUAUCAAUAAUGGUUGUUGCAGUUGUAUUCACAAUAUAUGAUUUGACUCUUCUGCUCCUCACUUCCGGCCGAGAUCCAGGAAUAAUACCUCCUAACAAGCAUCCUCCCGAACCCGAAGGGUACGAUGGGAGUAUGGAUUCUGGAGUGAGUCAGACGCCGCAGUUACGUAUACCUCGAAUGAAGGAUGUAAUUGUAAAUGGCGUCACAGUAAAGAUUAAGUACUGUGACACCUGCAUGCUUUAUCGGCCCCCUCGUUGUUCCCACUGCUCAAUCUGCAAUAACUGCGUCGAACGCUUUGAUCAUCACUGCCCGUGGGUCGGACAAUGCAUAGGGCUCAUCAAGAAUGCGGAACAAAUAUCGAUUUGGAGAGCAAUGAUUAAGACUCCUGCUUCAAUUGCUCUCAUAAUCUACAGUUUUGUCUGUGUGUGGUUUGUUGGCGGUCUAUCAGUUUUCCACUUCUAUCUCAUAAGCACCAACCAGACAACAUAUGAGAAUUUCAGGUACCGAUAUGACCAUCGAGCUAACCCGUACAACAAAGGGAUUGUUCAGAACUUCAAAGAGAUAUUCUUCACACGAAUUCCUCCUUCCAAGAACAAAUUCCGGGCUAGGGUUCCACGGGAACUAGGGUUACAAUCUCAAGCGGCGGGUGGGCGGCUCAUGAGCCCUAAUCUGGGCAAAGCGAUAGGCGACAUCGAAGUGGGUAGGAAGGCGACGGCAUGGGUGGAACCGCGGGCGGCAGCAGAUAUCGCGGAUUUAGAAGGCUUACCCGGCAUGUCUGACGAGAAAGAUAGCGGGUUUAGCGAGGAAUCCCUGGAUUUGAGUAGGGAGGGUCUCCCGCUGGAGGGCGCCCUUGGGGAGCAGGCCCCCCCUCAGACGAGGCGUUUGGGUGGGGCCUGGCAGAGUGGGAGCCCCGAGAUGGCUGAUGAAAGGUCCGGGGCUGGCCCUAGAGGGCGAGGAGCCGAAUAGGGGGGGUGGAAGAUGUCGCUUAAAGACCAAUACUUGAUUUGCAAGCGGCAGGGUUGGGAUUGAUGCCUUGUUGCUUACACGGUUAUUUGUGUCAGAAGUGUGCAACGGGGAGGGUCUGCUGGGUCAUUUGUAUUACCUAAAAACAAGUUUCACGAGAUUAGUCUUGGUAUUUACUUUUGCAUUUCUCUGUUGUUCUUUCCAUUAUGGUUACCGGCGUCGAAAGUAAGUUUCGCAGUGUGGUUUUCCCAUCUGUUGCUGAAGAUAUGUUGGGCUUCUGCUCCUCAAACUAUAGUUUGAUCUGACCGUGUAUAUAUGACUGAAUGAUAAGUUUAAAAACAAAAAGGACAUUGUUUCGCUUGGAUUUUUAAAAAAA